AAGAUGAGAAUGAAAUACAUGGAGACAAUAGUGUUAAGUCUCAUAGGUGUUGUGUGCCUCUUCAUUAUCAUGAACAAAAACAACACUGAAGACGACAUGACAUCAAAUAGGAAAGACACAUAUGAGAUGCUCCAUCAUCAAAUCCAUUUGCCUAGAUCUGAAACUCUCCAGCCGUUGUCUUCACGUUGUCAGCAGAAUAUGUCGGCUUAUGAGGUGACUGGAUUUUCUACUCUGCCGGGUCACAUCCAAGAUUUCCUGCUUUACCGACACUGUAGGAAUUUUCCCAUGCUGCUCGACCUGCCUAAUAAGUGUGGUGGACCCCUGAACUCUGCAGAUGUCUUCCUUCUGCUGGUCAUCAAGAGUUCUCCAGAAAACUACGAGCGGCGAGAAGUCCUGCGGAAAACAUGGGCUGAGGAACGACUGCACAAAGGUGUGUGGAUCCGUAGAGUCUUCAUAAUCGGAACAACUAAAACUGGCUUCGAGAAGCGCAGGUUGAAUAGGCUAUUGAAGCUGGAGAACAAUGAGAACAAGGACAUUUUACAGUGGGACUUCAAUGAUUCAUUCUUUAACCUCACACUGAAGCAGAUCCUUUUCUUAGAGUGGAUGGAAAGAUGGUGCCCACAGGCUAGAUUUCUCUUAAACGGGGAUGAUGACGUCUUUGCCAAUACGUUUAACAUGAUUGAGUAUCUUCAAGGUCAAGAGGACAAUGAUGGAAGUAAACAUCUCUUUACCGGGAACCUCAUCCUGACCGAAAAGCCUGCUAGACACUCUUCAAGUAAAUACUUUGUCCCAGUGCAGGUUCAGGAGUCUGAGAGCUAUCCUCCUUACUGUGGUGGAGGAGGCUUUCUUCUCUCAGGCUUCACGGCCAGAACAAUCUACAACAUGUCUCACUCUAUAAUUAUAAUGCCCAUUGAUGAUGUUUACAUGGGAAUGUGUUUGGAAAAGGCUGGCCUUAAACCUACAUCCCACUUUGGUGUAAGAACCUUUGGUCUGGAUAUCCCAGCUGAGAACGUUGACAAAUUUCACCCUUGCUAUUACAGAGAAAUCAUUUUAGUCCACAGAUUUCUGCCACACAUGAUUUUUGUGAUGUGGGAUGAAAUACAAAACCCACAUUUGCAAUGUGGAAAGACAAAUUCCUCUCUUUAGGGAAGCCCAUAAAC